AUGCAUCUUCUUCAGAGCAUCUAUGCAGCUGCCCUUCUUACAGCUGUUUCAUCGGCUGCCCCAAAUCCACUUGGUUUCGAUCUUGGUAUCCCAGAGCAGAGCCCUGGCACCUCUCAAAUUAAUGAUACCCUCCUCGGUAAACGCGCACCGUUUAAAGUAGCUUGGGGUGAACAGAUUCAAAAUGGCGUCGAGGAGAACAAAUGGGUUGCGUGGGUUGAGGGAGAUCACGCUUGUCCCGGCCAGGCGGUCUUCGGGAAUACAGCCAAGUCUAACAUUUGCUACCAACCUUUCAACCUAAAAGGAAUAUCGGUUAAUUUUUUUGGGUGCUCUGGCAAUAGCAACCCGACACAGAUCGGCUUUCCCUAUAGCCCAGGCGGGCCAGUCGGGGGUGAAAAGCUUUCCUGUGGCGCCAAUGGUAAAAGCGGAAAGAAGAUCAAUUGCUCCAAUCAACAUGACAUCAAGCAGCAUGGCUACUGUCAGUAAGCUUAGGAAGGGUGCAGUAUCUAGCAGGACGCGUGGAGGGGCCAAGCUACU